GCUGUCCCUUGCUCGCUCCUCAGUGGAGGCGUGAUCCGAACAGGACCAGCUCAGCCUGCAGCUGCCGUUGGCUUUGUGUGGACUGGACGCCGAGCUGGGCAGAGGGGGAGGGUUAUUACUCCAAUUCCCAGGCAGUGGAAUUACAGCUAGAGCGGCAGAACAUAUGGGAUUGCUUUUUCUCGCCUUCCCGGAGAUGCUCAGACCCAGUGUAUUUCAAGGAACAGAAACAUAAAGGAAAUCUAGUAUGCUUCCUUUUUUUUUCCCAUGAAGAAUAUUUGAAUUAAGUUUUUUUUACCUCUUGAAAGAAUACCUGUUCUUUCAUAACCUGUGACUGCACCAGCUAUUCUGAGAAAGCAGCAAGAAGCAAAAGCUGGAAAUAGCUAUUUCACAGCAGCUUGCCCACCAUGCUGAACCGCAGCUGGAAUGUUCAUUGACAACAGCAAGCCUGAUCUGGAGGUGUGUGCGGCAUAGGAUUACUUGAAUAAACACUGAAGAAUAUUUCCAAGGACUAAACAAGAGUUUAUAAGUCCCAGCCCCUCACCAGGAAAAUAAUAUAUGCGCAUUGGAUUUUCACUCACGCAAAAUUUACCCACAUCGUUCAAUAAGGGCUCUGAAACUACCUUGUGUAAAGACCUCAACACUGCUGACCAUGAUCAGCCCAGCCUGGAGCAUCUUCCUCAUCGGGGCUAAAAUUGGGCUGUUCCUCCAGGUGGCACCACUAUCAGUUAUGGCUAAAUCCUGUCCAUCUGUGUGCCGCUGUGAUGCCGGUUUCAUUUACUGUAAUGAUCGCUUUCUGACAUCCAUUCCAGCAGGAAUACCAGAGGAUGCUACAACUCUCUACCUUCAGAACAACCAAAUAAAUAAUGCUGGGAUUCCUUCAGAUUUGAAAAACUUGCUGAAAGUAGAAAGAAUAUACCUAUAUCACAACAGUUUAGAUGAAUUUCCUACCAACCUACCAAAGUAUGUAAAAGAGCUACAUCUGCAAGAAAAUAAUAUAAGGACUAUCACUUAUGAUUCACUUUCAAAAAUCCCCUAUCUGGAAGAAUUACAUUUAGAUGAUAACUCCGUCUCAGCUGUUAGCAUUGAAGAGGGGGCAUUCCGAGACAGUAACUAUCUCCGGCUGCUUUUCCUGUCCCGUAAUCAUCUGAGCACAAUCCCCUGGGGUUUGCCCAGGACUAUAGAAGAACUCCGCUUGGAUGAUAAUCGCAUAUCCACCAUCUCAUCACCAUCUCUUCAAGGUCUCACUAGCCUAAAACGCCUGGUUUUGGAUGGAAACCUGCUGAACAACCACGGUUUAGGUGAUAAAGUUUUCUUCAACCUAGUCAACUUAACGGAACUGUCACUGGUACGGAAUUCCCUGACUGCUGCACCAGUAAACCUUCCAGGCACAAACCUGAGGAAGCUUUAUCUUCAAGAUAACCAUAUCAAUCGGGUGCCCCCAAAUGCUUUUUCUUAUCUAAGGCAGCUGUAUCGACUUGAUAUGUCCAAUAACAACCUAAGUAAUUUACCUCAGGGUAUCUUUGAUGAUUUGGACAACAUAACCCAAUUGAUUCUUCGCAACAAUCCGUGGUAUUGUGGGUGCAAGAUGAAAUGGGUGCGUGACUGGUUACAAUCACUACCUGUGAAGGUCAAUGUGCGUGGGCUCAUGUGCCAAGCCCCUGAAAAGGUUCGGGGAAUGGCUAUCAAGGACCUCAAUGUGGAACUGUUUGAUUGUAAGGACAGCACAGUUGUAAGCACCAUUCAGACAACCACUGCAACACCCAACACAGUGCAUCCUGCUCAAGGACAGUGGCCAGCUCCAGUGACCAAACAACCAGACAUGAAGAACCCCAAACUCACUAAGGAUCAGCGAACCACGGGGCACCCAGCAAGAAAAACAAUUAUCAUUACUGUGAAAGCUGUCACCUCUGACACAAUUCAUAUCUCUUGGAAACUUGUCCUACCUAUGACUGCUUUAAGACUCAGCUGGCUCAAACUGGGUCACAGCCCAGCGUUUGGAUCUAUAACGGAAACAAUUGUAACAGGAGAACGCAGUGAAUAUUUGGUCACAGCCCUGGAGCCUGAUUCGCCCUAUCGAGUCUGCAUGGUUCCCAUGGAAACCAGUAACCUCUACCUAUUUGAUGAAACUCCUGUUUGUAUUGAGACUGAAACCGCACCCCUUCGAAUGUACAACCCUACAACCACCCUUAAUCGAGAGCAAAAGAAAGAACCUUAUAAAAACCCCAAUUUACCAUUGGCUGCCAUCAUUGGUGGGGCUGUGGCCCUGGUGACCAUAGCCCUUCUUGCUUUAGUGUGCUGGUAUGUUCAUAGGAAUGGGUCACUCUUCUCAAGGAACUGUGCAUACAGCAAAGGGAAGAGAAGAAAGGAUGACUAUGCGGAAGCUGGCACCAAGAAGGACAACUCCAUCCUGGAAAUCAGGGAGACUUCUUUUCAGAUGCUACCGAUAAGCAAUGAACCCAUCUCAAAGGAGGAAUUUGUAAUACACACCAUAUUUCCUCCUAACGGAAUGAAUCUGUACAAAAACAAUCACAGUGAAAGUAGCAGUAACCGAAGCUACAGAGACAGCGGUAUUCCAGACUCAGAUCACUCACACUCAUGAUGCUGGAGGACUCGCAGCAUACUGUGUUUUGGUUUUUUUAAACCUAAGGGAGGUGAUGGUAGGAACCCUGUUCUACCGUAAAACACUGGAAAAAGAGACUGAGAAAAGCAAUGUACUGUACAUUUGCCAUAUAAUUUAUAUUUAAGAACUUUUUAUUAAAAGUUUCAAAUUUCAGGUUACUGCUGCGAUUGAUGUAGCGGAGAAGCCUGAACACAAUUCUAUAUUUUAGUACUUUUUAGUAAUUUGUACUGUAUUUUCCUUGAAAAUAUUGAAGUUAUAAAUCAUUUACUUUGUGUUCUACUGAGUAAGAUGACUUGUUGACUGUGAAAGUGAAUUUUCUUGCUGUGUUGAACAAUCAGAACUGCGUUCACAUGAGAUCCUUGUAGUAUAAGCACAGGCCAUUUUUCACUUUGGUAUUAAUAAAAUGUAAAAAAAAAACUGGCUGAAUGAGAAAAAUUAAAUUUCAAAAGGUAGUUAUGAAAUAAUGUUCCAAUUAUUAAAUUUGUAUUCCAGUGGUAUUCAAUAAUCAAAAUAUGUGAAGUAAUGGGCAAUAUCAGACUUGCUGCAUAACUCCAUUUUUAUCCUAAGCAAAUUAGAUAUCCUUAAGAAAGUAAACAUAUCUUCUGAACUGAAUCCAUCAGCUGGCAUAAAAGGAGUGUGAAGUCUGCUGUUGUUAAUGCCUUGUUAACAAAGCUUUGAGAAUAAAGGACUUCACAAAAACAAUAAUGUAAGCGUGCUUCCAGGUUAGGGGGAAAUCUGUACUUAGGAAAACAUGAAAACUUAGACUCGCAUAGCGUAAUGAACACAAAUCUCAGAAUUGCAUUCUGGUUUUGCCUAUACCAUCCUGAUUUUUGAAAAGUCAACUCUAAAGACACAAUUGUUCAUGUUUAUGAUGUUUUUAUCAUAAAGGAUGUCAAAAAAAACCUUACACACAUUAAAAAGGUAGCAUAACCAUAAGCAAUUCCCCUCAGCAAUGAAGAGAAAGUAGUACUUUAAAUGAGAAUUUAAAAGAAAAAUAAAUACUAGAAAAUAAACUUAGAUCUGGUUUAUGUGAAACAUUUUAACACUGCACAUAAACGUUCAAUUUACGUUCACAAUGAUCAAGAAUACUGCCCAUUACUGUCACAGUUUUCCAGAUAUUACAUAAUUAACUUGUAAUGUAACAUUUCUUUCCAGCUUCCUACUGAAUUGUGAGCUAUUACUUGUUUAAAAACCUCAUCACUUUUCUGUUGCCAUGAUUUUUUUUUUUCCAACAAAAAACCAAAGUGCAUUGUACGCCCUUUGGCCAGUCUUGUAUGUGCCUUGAUCCAACGCUACAUGUAUUCAGCUUUUAAAACUCGACAAAUUUUUCAUACUUCCUUAAAUAUGAAAAAUUGUGGUCUUAUUGCUGAAUAAAACAAAAGAAAGGACAAAAUAAUUGUGCUUGCUUUUUCGGGAUUAUGUUACUAUCACUAAAGUAGCAAACUGCCCAGCACAUUAGUCCUAAGUACCCCCCUGUAUUUUUC